CUACAAUGACAACACACUGCCUGCUGACCAGACUCUGAGGAGAAGUCCAUCAGACUUUGCUGAUGCGUUUGGUGAUUGUGAUGAUUCUCCUGAGGUAGGAACACAUUACAUAUUAUAUAAGUAACCGUCCUGAAAAAGCUGCAAUUUGGUUUAUCGCUUUCUUCACUUGCGUUGCUCCUUUCUGUGGUUUUGAUUGAAUACAAGUGUUAAUAGUGUUCUUUAAAUUUCAUGAUGCUGCCUUCAGGAUUAAGCAACGUGUAAUUGCUGACAUGAUUUCCCUUCCAAGGAAACUCGUUUAAAUUGUGUCCCUUGUACUCUGUCCAUGGUGCUGAACUCCAUUUGAUCACAAGAUGCAUAUUCAUGAUCAACUUACAACUCAAGAUUAUUCUGUCAUUUCUUUGUUCCUGAGUUUUAUCUCAGUGAAUUUAAUUUGUCAAUGCAUUUUUUUUAAUUAUUUACGCUUUUUACUGGUUUUAUUCGAACAUGCUGUUGCUGUCAUGUGAUGCAAUUGUUUGAAGUUGUUUACAAUUCAAACUCAAAUGGAUAUUAUAACUGGUUCACGAUUUUUGGACACUAUUAGUGCCCUAUAGAAAUACAAGGGGAGCUGUCUCUCUCCAAUCUGCUGAGUUAGGGCUUCCUUUAUCUGCUGUUGUCUUGAUUGAUGUGGGCAACGCAAAAAAUGCUUUCUCCUUUAUUUAUCUAAAAUUAGUAUUAAUUAAUUGUACUCGCAGAAUAUGGUACAUUCCGUUCCAUGCCUUUGCAUGAUUGGUUAUUCAUGUGUUAUUUUACUUGGCAUUUGCUAUUAUCUUUUGUUGUCCAUGUGCAAACCUGAUUACAAAACUAAUUUUAAGUAACUUGAUAUUCGUCCUGACAAUCAGAGGUGUUUUAAUAUCAUAAUUAUACGGGAGGAAUCCGUUUUAAAAUUAAAUAUCACGUCUCACAUCUUUUGGGAAUAAUUUGACGAACUUUAGUUGUCUACUAAUUGAGCAUUUAUUGUCACUGAUAAUGGAGCAAACAAAAGUGCCAUCGAGACAGCAAAUACUAAAAUCAUGUCUCCAUUGAAAUGCAAGAAAUUUAGAUUUAUUUUUGACAAAGAACCUUGCAGAACUAGUUCAUGUUUCUCAUCACACUCAAAUUAUUUAUUUUUGAUGCAUUUCACUGGUCCAACAUAAUCCUUUAAAUUGCAGUAUGUUUUCCUGGACUGUAGCUGUUUGUCGGCCUCUCUGAAAAUGUGUCACAAUUCAUAGAUAAAUCAGUGAACAAUAACAUCAAGUGUAAAGCUCUAUACGAAAAAGAUUUCUUCUGUUACUGAUAAUUACUACAACAACAAUACAAAUAUUAAAAUACAAUUGUUUUGCUCAUCAGGAUAGAACAGAUUCAUACAAAGAUCAUAUUUUGCAGAUAAAUAAUUGAAUGAUUUUUGUCGUCCAAGUUGUCAAAAAUAUUUCAGAAAAAUCAUGCCAAUAGAUCUGUGUGUCACCAUACAGUACACACCUGUUGGUGAUCUUAUUGGUUAUCAUGCCUACAUAGUUUUCCUUAUCAUGCUUUCAAUCUGAACAAUAACAACACAAAACAAUGUGUCAGCACUAAUAAUAUCAGAAGAUAUUUUACAAAAUUCUCAUCUAUUUGAUAUAAAAUUAAAGUGUAUGUGUUCUGUCAAUGUUUUGACAUGCCAAUGAUUCUGUGAAAGCAUUGGAUUGUUUUGGCAACACAAUUUGAAUAGUUUUAUGUUGAUCCCCAUUGUGGUAUUUUCUAUUAUUUUUUUCCAUCACAAGUGGACAGCGCAGUCCUGUAUCAAGGCAUGUUGAUCCUAAUAUGUCAAAGCAAUUAAUAUUGUUGUUGUUGUUUUGAACAACAAGGUGAACUGAAAAGGUCCAUUUUUAAAAACGUAUAAAUUCCUCCAUCAUCUUGUUAUACCCCGGAAAAUACUCAUGGUGUCAGUGUGUACCAGUUAACGAGAGGGCACGGUCAUUCUCCACCCUUCGGUCUCAUCGAAUUUAAAACCUGCUUCUGCUGUUGUACAGCAGUUGACAAUAUCGCUUCGUGAUAGAACCGCAGUGUGAAGAUUGUUCAUAUUGGAGUAAAUCACAGCUCCAUUUCUGAAUAUUUGGACAUACUUUGUGGCAGUAGAGGUCUUCCUCGCAGUAACAAUGGCAUGCAGCAGAUAUGCGCUGCUUUCCGGACUUGCUUUUGUAUGUCUUGUCCUCCACCCUGUCGAUGGAGACCUCAGCUACUCUGUCCCGGAGGAGCUGAAACGUGGAUCUGUUAUUGGAAAUAUCGCUAAGGAUCUGGGACUUGAUUUAGGGAGACUGUCUGCUCGCAAGGCCCGUAUCGAUACUGAAGAUAACAGUGUUAAGUACUGCGGUAUAAAUCUCAACACCGGAGACUUGAUUGUACAAGAAAGGAUUGACAGAGAAGGGCUUUGUGUGAAAAAGGCAUCAUGUGUUCUGAAACAGGAACUCGUAUUGGAAAAUCCUUUAGAACUGCACCGUAUUAGUAUCCGCGUUCAAGAUAUCAACGAUAAUUCACCCCAAUUCAAAGAGGAGUCACUUAAAAUAGAAAUCCACGAAUCUGCGGACAAAGGUGCAGGUUUUCUCUUGAACGAGGCGCACGAUGGAGACAUCGGAGAAAAUGCUGUUCAGGGCUACUCACUUCAGCAGAAUGAUUAUUUUAAACUGAAUGUGAAGACAAAGGGGGUUGGACGAAAAUAUGGUGAAUUGGUCUUAGACAAAGAAUUAGACAGAGAGGACAACAAAGAGAUAUUGUUAUUGCUUACCGCAUUCGAUGGAGGCUCUCCUCAGAGAACAGGUACUGUAGUCAUACACGUCACUGUACUGGAUGCUAAUGAUAAUGUACCAGUGUUUAGCCAGUCCGUUUAUAAAGCCAGUCUGCCUGAAAACUCUCCUCUGGAGACAUUGGUGAUCACAGUGAGCGCUACUGAUGCAGACGAAGGGAUGUAUGGUGAAGUUACUUACGGAUUUGAUCACGUUUCAGAUGAAAACCAAGUUUUCUCUCUGAACUCUAAAACUGGGGAAGUUAAAGUGGCUGAAUCUAUUGAUUUUGAAAAAGAAUCUUCGUAUGAAAUGCAGAUUAGCGCAAAAGAUGGUCUGGGAUUAGCGUCAUUUGCAACAGUGAUAAUUGAAAUUACUGAUGUAAAUGACAACGCCCCUAUGAUAAAUCUGAAAUCACUGACUAACCCCAUACCUGAGAACGUGUCACCU